CAGCUAUCUAAACAUUGAUCCGGGAGAAAUCCCCUCGAAACCUGGUACACGCAAUCUCCCGGGGCCCUGUGUACUGGAGAUGAUGUCCAGUCGCACCUCACGCGGAACUGGAUGCGUGUUUUGCCCGUUGUGUCACUAACUCCCCGAUACAGUACUUAACUUCAAGGCGCAUCCACUGCAUUCACCCAACCCCGCCAUUCUUCGUCUUCCACCCCUAAUGACGACUCUGUUUACUCGCCUACGCUACCAUGCUCAAACCGUCGUUCUCUUCACAAUCUCUGACUUGAAGACCAUCUUUUUCCCCAUUUCCGUAUUCGCAUGUGCCACGGCUCCCUUACACUCCACGCCACGACUUCUGUGGGGUUUCAUGUGGAUAUGGAUGCACCAGCUUAUGUGCAAUAUCUCGAAUCAGUCUAGGAGCGCGGCGGAGGACGCAAUAAACAAGCCGUGGCGUCCGCUACCCGCAGGCCGUAUCACAGAGUCCCAAGCAACUGCCCUCCGGUGGGUCUCUGUGAGCCUGUGCGCAUGGUGGUCGGCAAUGUAUGGUCUAGACCUUUUCCUUCCGACUCUGACGCUCUUCAUCACGACGCUUCUCUACGACGAGUUCGGCCUUGCGGGUCACUAUGUUGGGAAGAACUUCUGUAACAUUGGAGGCUAUAUCAGCUUUGAAAUUGGUGCCACAAAGAUCAUGGGUGCCAGCCAGGUGAUGGACUAUAUCUCCGUCACUGCAGUGUGCGUAAGCGGCGCCUUGAUAUUCACAACAAUACAGGCGCAGGACUUCGCAGACGUAGAGGGAGAUAAACAGCUUGGACGUAUUACGUUCCCCAUAUAUGCCCCGGAGUUCUCUCGCGCAUUCACGCUGGGAGCUCUCAUCGGGUGGUCUGUUUUCCUGAGCUGGUUUUGGCACAUAGGACCCUUAUGCGCCAUCGGAUUCAUUGGCCUGGGCGCCUUCGUCGGUUUCAGCUAUUAUACGCACAGAACUGAAGCAGAAGACCGCAAGUCGUAUAUCUUCUACAAUGUAUGGCUCAUGCUAGUACAUGUGCUGCCUCUGGACGUCAGGACGGGGCUCAUCCGACUUUGAGACGUCGUUUUGUCGAUCUUUCGACCCAGAGCCCCCCCUGGCCUUACAAUGUACCACAAAUACGGCUACACAACAGGAAUGAAACGUU